UUGUUCGCGUAAACCUAUGCAGAUAACUCGCAGUACUUGCCGAUGCAGCCAAAACGCUCAGUCGAAAGCAGCAGCACCAGCGCACCAGUCAAAGCCUGAAAAUAACGAAUAAAACCAAACCACAGUGUGGGAAUAAUCAGAAGGAAAGCCAGCUAGGGCGGGAGAGGACAGGAAAGGAAAAUUCGUGAGCAAAAGCAAGCAGCAGGGGUUGGUUGAUGGUAGAUGCUGAUCCAUCGUUUGCACGGCCUGUCAGCUCCUCAGCUGCGCCCACUACUGAGAGCUCUCUCUCUUUCUCUUUCAGGCAAGUCUCUAUGUCUAGUCUCAGUCUCUGUGUCUUGUCAACUGGGGCGCGGCGCCAACCCAGACAGGCCCGGGUUCCCAGUAGGCCAAAGCCAAGACUGCGCCCCCCCAGGGCCAACCAGGAGACGGGGAGGCGGAAGAUGGGCGUGGAUGGCACCAUCAGGUUUAGCCAAGGCAGAAGAGAUCUACGCCAAACCCCAUAAGAGGACCCGGCCUGGUAUCCUUCUUUCCAAUAGUGCUUUACGCUUCCUCUGGCCGCCAAAUCCUACCCAUUGCUACCCGUGUAUGUACAUAGUAAUACGUAGCAGGAGUAGCGCGUCACGAUACAAAAAGAGGGCAAGACGAUCUCUCUCUCCCCCUUGUUUUUCGCCCAGGUCAUUAGUGUGUGCCACCGACGGACGAACCUGUACGUACUACGUAGAGUAGCCCUGCCGACGCUGACGAUCUCAGCUGGCCCACGUUGUGUCGGCGCUGGUGUCGGUGCGAUUGCCCAGAUCCGCCGGGCUCUAGUCGAAUCUCAGCCUGGCUCGGCUGGCCUCUAGAGAGAGAACUACCAUGCACGUAGGCAUAUAUACUUAUUAUACGGGUGUGUUGAGGGCUUGCGGCGCUUUUCGGAGGUCGCAUCCGAGGUAGAAGAGAGCUGAGGCUAGCGGAAG